CCAGGAGAUGGCAGGGCAAGCACGUACAAGGGCAGGUUGGCCAGGGGAGACGAACCCCGGCCUGGAUCCCGUCGGAAAGCCCCGCCCCCUCUCCGCUCCCUCCAGUAUAAUAUUCGCCCACCAUCGCCGCAACUUGCACCCCGGGUGACGACUAGUCGCGCCAGGUGCAAUGCAUCCGCUGCUGGCUCUCUUCUCUCCUCUCUCGCAGUCGAGCUCAGGCUGCUCACCCGUCUCGUCUCUCUUCCCCUAGCCUGCUGCCUGCCUAUCUGUCCGCGUCGCUGUGCCCAUCCGGCAGCGAUCGCCAGCCGGCCGGCCGCCUUCCCUCAUACCGAAGCUAAAUCUGGCAUGGGAAGAUGCUGCCGCCAUCGGUCUCGCCAGGAGCUAGAUCUGGUCUGAUUCGGCGAUCGGGCAGUCAGAGUUAACGCGAGAUCGAGAGCUUCAGCUCCACGACUCCAGUCAGCUAGCUACUGGCUACUGGCGGUGCACUACUGUGGAUGCGUGCCUUGGACUUCAAGAAGGCGCACGCAAAGGGCAGGGCGUCGACGACUGGACCGGGCGCUCCGGCGCUCCGAUCCCUCAUGUUCUUGAGCCCGAGGAAUGAGCCCCCGGAGGACAUCCAACAGCUGAUCGUCAACAACACCGGUCCCGGCCGCGGCCCGCCCCCCGCGCCCAGCAGCAGAGACAUGGAGAGCGGCAGGGGCGGCGGCGCGUCAUCGUCGCGCACGCCGGCGUCCGACCAGAGGGUGGUGGCCAACAGGGAGGAGGCGGAGCCUAGCAGCCACGGCGGCGGCUUCUGGGGCAGGUACUCCUCGGUCUCGUUCCUGCUGCUCGCGGGCGUCACCGCGUCGCUGGUGAUCCUCCCGCUCGUCCUCCCGCCGCUCCCGCCGCCGCCGUCGAUGCUGAUGCUGGUGCCGGUGGCAAUGCUGGCGCUGCUGCUCGUGCUGGCGUUCAUGCCGACGACGUCGACGGCCGGCCGCGGUGCGGCGGGCCAGACCUACUUGUAGAUAUCAUCACAUCGUACUCUUUUUUUUUUUCUGUCCUUUCGUUUGGAUUUUGUGAUAGAGAUAGGUAAUAUGCAUGAUGGAUCAAUCCUACCUCGUCAUUGUUCGGCUAAUUAAUGUGAAAUCUAGUUACAGAUGGAAUGCUUACACACAAAGUUCAGUGGUAUAUACUACAUAUAUCGAGUGGUUUAUUUACAUAGUUGCAACAUGGCAAUUUCUUUUACCAGUCUAUGACUGUACUAGCUAGUCAUACUAUUUAUACGUAGCUAGGCUACAUCAAACGCUAAUAGUUUCUAGGUGAGUAGGUGAUACUGUUGAGACCAUCAUGGCAGCUACACGAUCGAAUAUGGGCGAAAAAAUAUGAGCACAUCAUGAGGAAACCACUCAUAAAUACCAUUAUGGAAGGUACUAUAGUCUUCUAUGAUAAUAUAUCCCAAGGUUUUAUUUAU